CACCUUUCUGUCAUAAAAUGUUAUACUAACGCACAAUCUGAUUUAUUACUGCAGUUUCAGGUUGAGAUGAUCAUUGACAGUAAUCAGUAGGAAUAGGAUGCGGCUAUGUGACAGUUUGUAUAUCAAAGCCAGUUUGCUGCAAAUUCUAGAUGCUGUCCCGGACCAACAUAAUAGGACAAAUUGUUUACGAAUGAGGACGGAUAUAUAGUAAAUUAGUGCUGUGUGUGUAGUGAAAGUUAACUAAUAUAUAUCAACAUCACUAGCUGAUUUGCAUGUAGUUACUGUUAAAUCAACUGAAGGCUGUAUGAGGCAAAGUGCAAAUAACAGAUGCAAGCUCACAUGCAUACAGCUCAACUUAUACAAUCACAAAGGAGCACUCUAAGGCGAGCAUUCACGUCCAGCUAACAUCACAGGUCACGUGAUCAAUAGAUAUGAGAUAGACUUCACGAUGUUGAUUAAGCAGUUGGCAACAGCGUUUAGAAAGGCCGUGGCACCCAGCGUGCUGCUCGACAGGGGCAUCGUAAAAGAGGCAGUGCACAAUCGAGCCGUACACUGGACCGACGCGUUCCGGAGUGGCGGCUGGCGCAGUACUCGCAUCUCUGCGGCACGAUUGAAAAAGCUGCGCGACAUGUGCGACGAGAAGUGCCUGGUGAUCGGCCGGCUGCUGACACGGCAGUGCGAGGUGUACGUCGCUCAGCGCAUCCGCCACUUCAUGCAGAUCAUCGCGCUCUACCGGCGGCUCUACACCGAACAGACGCUGCGCCGCAUCGUCGCCGGACUCGGCCGCAGCCUCUCGUCGCGCUCUCGCGUCGGCUUCGCUCUCAGCGCCGCUCUCUUCAGCUGGGAUAAUGAACGCAUCAGCGAAGAGGACAUGGAGCGGGUCGUUGCCGACAUGGAACACAUCGAACACCUGCGCGAUCCCGACAAGCGGUUCGCACACUACAUGGACCAGUGGGAGCUGAUGAUCGACGAGGCGCACCUGAAGCUGUGGCGGCGGCCCCUGCCCGACUGCAACUAUCUGUACGAGUACAAGGUGUAUGGAACCUUCUACGAUGUGCCGUCGAUCGCCUUCUACAUGGUGCAGAUCGACUGCGAGUACCGCAAGCAGUGGGACCGGCUCGUGAUCGCGCUCGACGUGAUCGACACGGACGACGAGAGCGGCUCCGAGGUCGUGCACUGGGUGACGAAGUAUCCGUACCCGAUGUACAGCCGCGACUACGUGUACAGUCGGCGCGGCAAGGUGGACGACGAGCGCGGCGUGAUGGUGCUGGUCGCGCGCGCCGUCGAGCACCCGCAGCGGCCCGCGACCGACUCGUACGUGCGCGUCAGCCAGUACGUCUCGCAGAUGGUCAUCCGGCCGCACCGCGGCUUCACCGACUGCGGCUUUGACUACACGCUCACGUACAGCGACGACCCACAGGCGCCGUUUCCCGGCCCCGCGUACCGCUGGUUGGCGAGGAAGGGAGUGCCCGACUUUGUCGAGAAGCUGCACGUCGCCGCGAAGAUGUACCAGGAUAAGCAGGGCGGCCAGAAGGCGACGAGACAGCAGGUGGCAGAGGCCAGCGCACCGUCCGGCAUUCAGAUCAACUAUGCAGCUUAGCUAUGUACGCGGGCAGAUUUCCUUUGUAAUUGAAAAGGUGGGUAGGUCCUCAGUGUGUGCCAGUGUAUGACAUUGACAUGCGUCAUGUUACACAAGGUUAGUACGUGUCGUGUGGGUUUUGGGCAUUUUAGUUUGAUUGCGUGCAAAGUUAAAGCCACUGCCGUUGGGUAUUCACGAGAAUUUUUUUAAUAAAAAUCGGCAUUUUAAAAUCGCUAAGAUCAGACAUCAGUAAAUUCUGGGGGUGCGUUUAUACAUCAAAAUUCAAGAAUCAGUAUUUUAAAAAUAUUUCACAUUUAAAUAGGGGCAUCUGUAUAUUUUGAUUACUGGACUAAUAUUCGCCAACAUCAAUAAGCUUAUUUCGAUUUCCCACGGAACUUGGCAUGCCUGGUAAUCAUAGUGUAGCUUGGUCAGAAAUCUCAGCUACCAAUCAAAUGCCUGCCACAGUGUGAGAACAUAACUGGGUGUGUGUAUAAUGCAGAAAACAGCAGGUUUACAUCUUUCUCUUAAAAUUUUUAAUUGCCUUGAAGACAAUGUGUCAUUGUCAGACAUGAAAAAGGUUUCUACAAUCUUGGUUAGGUACUAUUAACUAUUUGGAGUUUAAGUAGCAGUUAUUAGGCCAUCCUUAAAAAAUUAUAUGUUUGCUGUCCCCCGACCCAUGA